CAGCAAUUUCAUUUCUUCACUGUUAGCUAGAGAGUGUAUAAAAAGACUGGCUUUGCAGUGAGCACUGAGCCUUGCAGUGCUUCACUGGACUUUCACCACCAGACAGCAAAAAUGUCUGACAAGAAUGUCCGCAAUGCUGGUUUCACUCCUUCUGGGAUCUCACAAGGAUCGCUUGCUUCAUCAAUGAUGUCCCAUGAAGCGAAAGCAUCUGGGGGAGGUGUGCAUUCUGGAGGCCCCACUUCUACUCUCCAGGAAAUGGGUGCCAGAGGUACAACCCAUUCAUCAGGUUUUACCAGCAGUGGGAUCUCUAGUGGAUCCCUGGCCUCUGACAAGAUGUCCCAGGAGGCCAGAUCUCAUGGAGGUGGAAUUCCCAGAGGCGGUACAACUUCCACUGUCCAGUCCAUCUCGAUGGGUGGAAAAGGAGGAAGACGCUGAAUUGAAGAAAAACAUCAGUCCAGAAAUAAGCUCCCCAAGCAGUUCAUUCUUUACCAACAGCUUUGACAACUUCUCCUCUUCUUUUCUCUCCUCGUGACAUAAAAGGCAAAGCCUCUUCCAUGUGCACAAAUAAAGUUUCUGUUAAAGUGA